UAAGUCCCGUGUGAGAGACUUGAUCGAGAAGCUCUUGACCGCGUAAUCAUUCGUUCACCAAACUCAGUCACCAUUAUCAAGCAAUUCACAUGGUUCCCACCAUCCAUGUAAACCGCCCACCCUCAUAAAUUUGCUCUUGACCCAAACCUCGAUUCCCAAAAUUCAGUGCCCAAAAUUCGUAACGACGAAAUCCCAAAACGGUAGCGCGGGCAAGUUAACUUUUCGAACAAAGCAAUCAUAUGCUGCUAAUAAGCAAUUCCCACAUUCCUCUCCAACAAUCUAGCAACCAUCCGCUGAUCUGUGAAGUAUAACUGUGUCAGUUCGAGGCGUUUGCCAUGGCGGACAAAGAGAAUUGCUUGAGGGUAACGCGCCUUGCGAAGAAGAGGGCAGCGGAGGCUAUGGCGGCUGAACAGGAGCAUCACAGUAAGAAGAGAGUGGUUUUGGGAGAGAUUAAGAAUGACCCAAAUGUCGGCGUGAAUCAGAUUUUUGACAAUUCGAAACCCAAACCUAGACAGCAGAAGUUGAAGACUCUGAAGGAUGUGAGCGCUGAAAAGGUUACAGCGGUUGAGAAAUGUCAGGAAGAUGAAGUAGAAAUUGACGCGAAAUCUGAUGACCCACAGAUGUGUUCUGCAUACGUUUCUCAGAUUUACGAGUAUUUGCGUCAUCUGGAGGCACAGGAGAAAAGAAGGCCAUUGCCUGACUACUUUGAAAGGGUCCAGAGAGAUAUCAGUCCUAAUAUGAGAGGGAUUUUGGUAGAUUGGUUGGUUGAAGUUGCAGAGGAAUACAAACUGCUCUCUGAUACUCUCCAUCUCUCUGUUGCCUAUAUUGAUAGAUUCCUGUCCACAAAUGCCAUUAUCCGCCAAAAUCUUCAACUUUUGGGUGUGACUUCCAUGCUUAUUGCUGCGAAGUACGAGGAGAUUAGUCCUCCACAUGUUGAAGACUUUUGUUACAUUACAGACAACACAUAUACCAGGGCUGAAGUUGUUAAAAUGGAGGCAUAUCUCCUUAAAUUUCUGAAGUUUGAAAUGGGAAGUCCGACUGUCAAGACAUUUCUUAGAAGGCUUACCCGAUUUGCACAAGGAAAUAAUGAAACUCCAGACUUGCAGUUAGAGUUCUUAGGUUACUACCUAGCGGAGUUAAGUUUGUUGGACUAUUGCUGCCUUCAGUUCUUACCUUCAUUGAUAGCUUCUGCAGUUAUAUUCCUUUCAAGAUUUACAAUUCAACCUAACCUCCAUCCCUGGAGUCAAGCACUCACACAUUAUUCAGGUUAUAAACCAUCUGAUGUGAAAGAUUGUGUUCUUAUCAUACAUGACUUGCAACUAAGUAGAAGGGGCUGUGACUUGUUCGCCAUAAGAGAAAAAUACAAGCAGCAUAAGUUCAAAUGUGUGUCAUUGCUCUCAUCUCAACCGGAGAUACCUGAUUCCUAUUUUGAUGAUUCAAAACUAGGAGUAUGAGCAGUUAGCUUAGGCAGCUGACUGGAGGUUAGUGAUAGUUUUCUAGUGAUGUAAUACAAGGUUAGUUUAUUCUCUAGUCUCUACGUAUAGGCUUUCUGGUUCGGUUGCUUAUAUUUGAUUACGAUAUUUCUUAUAUUGUGCAUAACAGUCAAAAAGAUCUGCCAUUUUUUUGUAAUAUGAAAGGUAUUAUACCAUGUUCCACAUAUUCAUGUGGUUUUUUAUUUAUGGAAAGCAUGGUGGAUGGUGUCACGGUAUCA